CCCGCCCCGCCGCCCCGGCCCCCUGGAUGAGGGUAUAUAUUCCGAGCGGGCUCGGGACGCCGAUGAGUGGCCGCGCCGAAGGAGCCGGAGCCGAGCGGAGCUGCGGCCGCGCGCUGGGAGGUCUACAGGUACAGACAUUACACCCUUAUUUGCACAAAGCUUGUCUAUCAGAGCAGAAUGGACGUUAAUGACCUCAAACUCAGGUUGGCCAAAGCUGGGCAAGAACACCUGCUUCUGUUCUGGGAUGAGCUGGAAGAAGCCCAACAGGUAGAACUUUAUGCAGAACUACAGGCCAUGAAUUUUGAAGAGCUGAACUGCUUUUUCCAAAAGGCCAUGGAAGGAUUUAACCAGUCCUCACACCAAGAGAAAGUAGAUGCACGCAUGGCACCUGUCCCCCGAGAGGUGUUGGGCAGUGCCACCAGAGACCACACGCAGCUCCACACCUGGGAACGUGAAGGACUUUUCCAGAUUUCUCAGAACAGAGUUGCAGUUCUUCUUCUAGCUGGUGGGCAGGGGACAAGACUUGGUGUUGCAUAUCCUAAGGGGAUGUAUGAUGUUGGCUUGCCAUCGCAUAAAACACUUUUUCAGAUUCAAGCAGAGCGCAUCCUGAAGCUACAACAAUUAGCUGAACAAUAUCACGGCAACAAAUGCAUCAUUCCAUGGUAUAUAAUGACCAGUGGCAGAACAAUGGAAUCUACAAAGGAGUUCUUCACAAAGCACAAGUACUUUGGUUUGAAGAAAGAGAAUGUAAUCUUUUUUCAGCAGGGAAUGCUGCCUGCUAUGAGCUUUGAUGGGAGAAUUAUUUUGGAAGAGAAGAACAAAGUCUCUAUGGCCCCAGAUGGGAAUGGAGGUCUUUAUCGGGCCCUCGCAGCCCAGAACAUUGUGGAGGAUAUGGAACAAAGAGGCAUUUGGAGCAUUCACGUCUACUGUGUUGACAACAUCUUGGUGAAAGUGGCAGACCCACGGUUCAUUGGGUUUUGCAUUCAGAAAGGAGCUGACUGUGGAGCAAAGGUGGUGGAGAAAACCAACCCCACGGAGCCAGUUGGAGUGGUUUGCCGAGUGGACGGGGUGUACCAGGUGGUGGAAUAUAGCGAGAUCUCCCUGGCGACGGCUCAGAAGCGAAGCUCAGAUGGUCGACUGCUGUUCAACGCAGGGAACAUUGCCAACCAUUUCUUCACCGUCCCAUUCCUGAGAGACGUUGUCAAUGUUUACGAGCCUCAGUUGCAGCACCAUGUGGCUCAAAAGAAGAUUCCGUAUGUGGAUUCCCAGGGGCAGUUAAUUAAGCCAGACAAGCCGAAUGGAAUAAAGAUGGAAAAAUUUGUCUUUGACAUCUUCCAGUUUGCAAAGAAGUUCGUGGUGUAUGAAGUAUUACGGGAAGACGAAUUUUCCCCACUGAAGAAUGCAGACAGCCAGAACGGGAAGGACAACCCUACCACGGCGAGGCACGCCUUGCUGUCCCUUCACCACUGCUGGGUCCUCAACGCUGGGGGCCACUUCAUAGACGAGAAUGGCUCUCGCCUCCCAGCAAUUCCCCGCAGUGCGACAAAUGGAAAGGCAGCGACCGCCGCAGCUGAUGUCAAUUCCAACUUGAAGGAUGCCAAUGAUGUACCAAUCCAGUGUGAAAUCUCUCCUCUUAUCUCUUAUGCUGGAGAAGGACUAGAAAGUUAUGUGGCAGAUAAAGAAUUCCAUGCACCUUUGAUUAUCGAUGAGAAUGGAGUCCAUGAGCUGGUGAAAAAUGGCCUUUGAAACAGACACAAAAUUCUACCAAGCAGGAAUAGCUUUUAUUUUUGAUAGACCAACUGUGAACCUACAGGACCUCUCCUGGAAGACUGAAGUUUGAAUAUGCACAGGGCUUCGUUUUGCUUGUUGAACUCUUAUAACUACUGCAAACCUCCCAAGAUGCAGAUGACUGAACUUCAGAGAGCAUUUUUAUGAUUCUCGACUCAUUGAAGGUCUUAUUUAUAUUUUUCAAUUGUAUAUUUUUUUCAAACCAACGCAAACUUUGACCAUCCAGGAAAUUUCGUAUAGCGUAACUAUAGUUAGGAUGUUCAACUUGGAGCUGGAAGUAUUUGUUUUUGAAGUUGUAUAUAGUAAUAAUAUGUCACUGUACAUGUCAAAGGUUUCUAUGGUACUACAAGUUUGUUUUAUUUUAUCAAACAUUAAACUUUUUUAAGAAAAUAAUUGGACAGUAAAAUAAACUUAUCUUCUUGUC